AUGGCGGACACCGAAGCGCCUGUCGUGUCUUUCAAGAAGCGCGGGAACAAAGCCAAGGCCAACAUUCGCAAACGAGAAGCCACGCCGCCACCAUCAGAUUCAGACUCGGGCUUCACCUCCUCAGAAGAUGAGGGCGGCCGAAAGAUAAAGCGCAGACGAAAAAAUGCUACUGUUGCCGCAUCUUCGGCUGCCAAUCGCUCACAGCGUGCUGAGAUUGUGCCAGCAACAACAAGCUCUGUCAAGGUCCUGAGCACACAAGAUGACGCUACCAAAACAGAAGACUGGUACGAGAAUAGCGAGGUUCGUCCAACUACGCGGCACCCGGCACCGAAUCAAAGCAGUGGAUCCGCACCGGACGGUACCUAUAAAGGCGUUGCCAAUUAUACCUCCUUCCUCCAAAGGAAUCCAGAUCGAGAGCCGAAGUCGGUUGGGCCACAAAAGGGCUCCUCAAACGUCCGCACCAUCACAGUCACCGAUUUUGCGCCUGAUGUGUGCAAAGACUACAAAAAGACCGGCUUCUGCGGGUUUGGAGAUUCGUGCAAGUUCUUGCACGCUCGCGAAGAUUAUGCGCAGGGCUGGCAAUUAGACCGAGAGUGGGACAUUCAGACACAGGGCAAAAAGCAGCAGGGAAAGACUGUUGCUUCAGCAAACAGAAACGGCCAAUCGGGUACGGAUGACCAGGAUGACGAUGCCUUACUAGAGAGCAUUCCUUUUGCAUGUGUCAUCUGCACCGAGCAGUACAAGAACCCCAUCAUCACGAAAUGUGGGCAUUAUUUCUGUGAAUCGUGUGCCUUGAAGCGGUACAGGAAAGAUCCGUCAUGCGCCAUCUGCGGAACCGGCACAGGAGGCGUGUUCAACGUCGCGAAGAAACUGAACAAGCUCCUGGAGAGAAAGCGAAAUAGGGCACUGGAGAAAGACGACGCUGGAGUUCGUGCUGAAGCUUGA